AUGCCGCGGAACCUGCUGUGCCCGCCAAUGCGGUUCGGCACGGUAGCAUUUCCCCUGCCUGCUCAAGACUCAGACUCCGACUCGAGUUUAGGACCGUCAUCGUCGUCUCGCGUGACUUCGUUUUCCGAGUGCGUGUAUCGUGGCGCAUACCCCAAGCCGCGAAAUCUGCGGUUCCUUGAGACUCUGCAUCUUCGUACUAUAAUCUCGCUCACACCCAAGCCUAUUACGGACGACGAAUCUCUCGAAACAUGGUCGAAAUCGCAAAAUGGCGGAGCUGGCAUUCACGUCGUGCAUGUACGAACGGAAAAGCCGAAAGAAGAUUCUGGCGGCUUGACGCGCGAGGGUGCAGCUCGUGCGCUCAUGGAGGUGCUGAAUUCUGAGAAUCUCCCCUUGUAUAUCCAUUGCCUGGACGGUGUCGAUGUAACGUCCACGCUCAUUGCGUGCCUGCGGAAGAUUCAAGGCUGGAAGGAGCCAGCCAUUCAUGACGAACUGGCUCGUGGCGUCUAUGCAUCGACUUCCAAGUCGGCCGGCCCCAAAGAGUCAGCACCGAAGCAUCUUUUGCAGUUUGUUGAGCGAUUCGGUCAACCGGAUGGUGUACUGCUCCCCCAGCGAGAUCGGAUUCCUGGCUGGGUCUGGCCGCGUAUUAGUGUGCAUCUCAUGUCGCACGAUACUUGGGAUAGCCGACCAGCGACAGUGCGUCAUCCUACGCUUGACAUCCACUUUGAGCGUAGCGAAAGCUACAUUGCAUCGCAACAAGCACGCUUCGGUGCCGUGUGGGCUGUCUUUGACCAUAACCGCUCGCGAACACCCAGUUUGCUCUCUAUAUCCGACAGUUCUGAAGGAGUUGCGCCCGACAUAUCACUGGGCAGCGUGAAACCUAGUCCUGUGCCUGAGAGGCAACAGAUGUACCGUCGGUUUUCCGACUUUACGCACGAAAAGCUUACGCGCGCGUUUCUCGGACAGCGCGACAGAGAUAUGGAGCAGCCGUCAGACAUGUGCGCGUUCAUGUCCGUGGACGAUCAGGACCUCCGAACACCACGGGCCAAACCGCAAUAUGUCGAGGGCGAUGUGCCCCCUUUGAUCGGGCUGGAUCUCCGCACACACAAAGCUGUGGCUGCGCGAGCAGCUGAGACAGAUGCAUUAGCUGGUGGUGCCGUAUCUCCCGAUGAACGAACGCCAUUGGUCGUUGCUCAAGAUGCGCAAAAGCAUCGGAAGCCUGAGGCAUUUCAAACCGAGGAGCCGGAUGACAUUCCUCCGCUAGGCCUUUCGCCGCACAACGCUAUGGUGGGCGAAGACAAUGAUGACCGUAUCGUAGACCUGGUUGACGAUAUGGAAGAAGAGUGUGAUGAUAUGGACGAUGAUGCGGAGCAAGAGGAGCCGAGUCUUGCUCUCCAAGCACUCAACUUGGAGGGGUACUGA